CUAGCAACAGAAUCAAGAUGGCGGCGCCCAGUAACGAAGAUCAUUUGACCAAAAUAUCUACGCCGCUAAAGAUUCCCAAAACCGAGGCUCCCUCUCCGGAAUCGGGCGACUUGAGCGACUGCAACCCGUACCAUUCCAACCCCUCGACUCCUAACAGAUUCUCCCCGCUCAAUAUCGGAACCCCGGGCUCGGCAAGUGCAGGCCGGGCUGGGUCGGCCUCUGCAUCCAAUAGCUUUCCCGCCUGCCGGGGCAUGUCUUGGACCCCGUCCGAAACGAACGCCCUGAUUGCCGUGUGGGGCAACGAGCGGCUGGCGGAGGCGCGGAUGCAGCAGCUGGAAGGAGCCGGCACUGUGUUUUCAGGCAAGGCGCCGGGACCAGCCAUGUACGAGCGGGUGUCCCGGGCGCUUGCAGAACUGGGCUAUGAAAGGACCCCUUCCCAGUGCAGAGAAAGGAUAAAGACCCUGCGGCGAUGCUACAGCCGAGUGAAGGAGCACGGUGUGGGCAAGAGGAAAAGCAGCUACUCCAUCGAGCAGCUGGAGAAGGUGUUUGGACAGGGGGGCUGGGACUCUCAGUCCUGCCAGCCCGUCCUCAUCAACAGCAGUGGCCUGUACCAGGAGAUGGAGUCGGAUGGGAGCACCAUGGGGGACUACUCUCAGGAGGACUGGGGCAACCAGGAGCUGCCCUCCUACCAGGACACAGAGGCUGAGGAAGUGAGUUUUGCAAAAAAGAGAGUGCUGCAGCGAAGGCAAGAAUCGUCCGAAGAACAACAGAGACACGGGGUGAUGCAGAACGUGAUGCGCAUCCUGGAUUCCGUGCAGCUCAAAUGGGAACACUUCCAGACCUGGACGGACUUCUCGCGGCUGCACCUCUCCAACAAGCUGGCCAUCUUCGGCGUGGGCUACAACACGCGCUGGCGGGAGGAGAUCCGCUACCAUUACGCAGAGAUCAGCUCGCAGGUGCCCCUGGGCAAGCGCCUGCGAGAGUACUUCAACCCAGAGAAGACAGAAGGCCGUGUCAUCAUGACCAAGGUGCAGAAAAUGAACUGGAAGAACGUUUACUACAAAUUCUUAGACAUCACCAUCAGUGAGGCCCGUUGCUUGGAGCUGCACAUGGAGGUGGACUGGAUCCCCAUUGCCCAGUCCCGGGCGUCUGGGGGCAGCAAUGGAGCGCAGUACCUCCUUCCAGGGGGCAUCCCCAAAACGCAUGGCCUGUAUGCCAUCGGUUUUGAGGAGGCACCUGCCUCUUCUGUUUCAGAUUCUGGUGACAAGAAUUCUUCUCAAGGGACGGGAGAAUCCGCCAAGCCCCUUGUGAAAUCAGAAUCACAAGAACAUGGGGAGGAGUCCUCCCCCAAAGUGACCUAUUGCUACCUGGGCAUAGCGGAGGACAGGACACUACAGCAGUGCUUGUUCCAGCACUUUCAGAGCGGAAGCAAGUACUUUGGAACGGGGGAGCCCUCCGCAGUGACCAAGUUCAUCACAGAGAACUGCAGCACGCAGUCGGGAGAAGGGGCCUCCCCGCCACGAGCCAUGUAUAUCAAAUUCAUCGAGGUGGAGCUGGACUUUCUCUCCGCAGGCUCCUUGGUUGAGUCCUUGGAAAUAGCAAUCGGAUAUUCCUUAAAGUUUAACAAAUAGGAGCACUUUGUCAGUAGCUUAAGGAUGUAAAAAUGACAGACCCGCUGCUGCUUAAACAGUUGGGCAGGGUGUCUUUCAGCUACUGCCUUUGCAGCUGCAGUGAUUUCAGAAAGGAUAUCAGGGAGGCAGUGUCUUUGUGUUGCAGCUGUUUCUAAUGGAGAGGCAGAGUUGAAUGAAGUGGAGUAAUCAAAGAGGACUUCCCUGACUGCAGGCUGCACUCGGCCAAUCUUAAACCUGCCUUGAAUCACUUUGUACCGCCCUUUUCUCUCUCUGGAAGUUAAACUUCAACCAGAGGGCCAGCGAGAAGCGAGAUGGUUUAUUUAAUGGUUUUAAAUAAUGUAAACGGAGGGGGAAAAAAAGGUAUUAAAUUGUGAACAUUCCAGACAUUUCAUAAUGGAGGUGAGGGGGAUUACUGUAAUAAAAUCUAUCUUGUUUUUUUAUGUUGUAAACACAGUAUUUUUUCAUUUUCUUUUUCCCUAAUCCCACAGCUACAUCUUUUUGUAUGUUUUCUAUUGACGGUAUUGCAGGACGGUUUAUUUUACACAAGCCUUUGGUGAUUGUACAUUAGGGCUGUAAAGCCUGAAAAUAGCAAACGAUUAAUUGGGCACACAAAAUAUAAUCGUUCUUGUAAAUAUCCAUGAUUGUACUAUACAUGUUCGCUCCAUUCCUCUCCGCUUGACGUUAUUAUUUUAAUAUCAUUGCAAUUCAGUAAAAGCUUGUGCAGAACAAUUGAAUGCGAGGGGUAAUUACG